AUGGAAAUCCGUUUAAUAUUAUAUAUUCCUUACCCCGUCCCAAGGAUCAAAAUCUUCCCCAAGUCGGUGGUUUGCGAAGAGAGCAACCUGCGAGGUGACAUCACCUUUUCCUCGGGCUGCGUUGUGCACCCAAGUGCCACAGUCAUCGCUGAUGCAGGUCCCAUAAUAAUAGGGGAAAACUGCAUUAUCGAGGAGUAUGCAACCAUAGCGCAUCGCCUGGAGCCUGGGGCCAGCUGGGAUGCUAAUAAUAUCUUCAGCAUUGGCACCCACAACGUUUUCGAGGUGGGCUGCAAUGUGGAGGCAGCUCGAAUAGGCGACAAGAAUGUGUUCGAGAGCAAAUGCUUCGUGGGCCGCGGCGUGACCGUGUCCAAUGGAUGUGUAGUUGGUGCCGGAAUCAAGAUGCUCACCAGCCAGCGCUUACCGGAGAACACCAUUGUCUAUGGGGAGCAAGCCCUACAGCGCGAGGCCAUCGACAAGCAAGGAUCGCAGACGCUUCAGAUCGACUUCCUGCGCAAGGUCCUGCCCAAUUACCACCAUCUUCGCAAGCCCAACUAUGAUCCCAAGAAGGCACGCAGCGUUGUCUAGUUUAUAGCCUCGGGCCCAUCAUGUAUUCUCCUCUUUCAUAGUAUUAAAUUCCUUCAUCUCAUUCUCGAAU